AUGUUAGCUGAUAAUGAUGACAGACAUGUUUUCUUUUAUAAUGAAAAUACAUGUUUUUCUUGCAAACCUUGGCCAAAGGCAGUGAAACCAACCCCGCACCCUCGACAAACCCGCCCCCUUAGCAUCGCCCUGACUCCUGCCGGCUCCCGGGGAAGCCUGCGCCUGCUCCGUCCCCGUUUCCGCCCACGUGACCCGAUCAGGCCCCUCCCCGUCUCCACCAUGGCGGCGCCCAGCCCUCGCAGGCCGCUGCCCCUCUGCAGCCAUGAAAACAAAGCCUGUUUCCCACAAGACCGAGAACACCUACCGGGUGAGCGUGGAAGCUUGGGGCGGGAGCUGCGAGUCCCUGCUGCCUCAGCCGUGAGACUGGGUCUGAGCGGGACUCCACGGGCUAUAGAGUUCUGGGCCGAACGGGAAUUACUUGCCUGGAGGCUCUGGCGAAAGAGGGAGACUCUGCGGGUGGAGCGAACAUGGAUGGGGUUUCUUACAUUUGCUGAACGAUUGGGGAAUGUGAAUAUUGAUAUCAUUCACCGGAUUGAUAGAACUGCGAGCUAUGAUGAGGAGGUUGAAACCUACUUUUUCGAGGGUCUGCUGAAAUGGAGAGAAUUGAACCUCACAGAACACUUUGGGAAAUUUUACAAAGAAGUUAUUGACAAAUGCCAGUCAUUCAAUCAGUUGGUCUAUCAUCAAAACGAGAUAGUUCAGAGUUUGAAGACUCACCUGCAAAUUAAGAACAGUUUUGCCUAUCAGCCCCUUCUGGAUUUGGUUGUACAGUUGGCACGAGAUCUGCAGACGGAUUUCUAUCCACACUUUCAAGAUUUUUUUCUAACUAUCACUUCAAUCCUGGAAACCCAGGACACAGAGUUGUUAGAAUGGGCUUUCACCUCGCUGUCAUAUCUUUACAAGUACCUGUGGAGACUGAUGGUGAAGGACAUGUCCAGUAUAUACAGCAUGUACAGUACACUCCUGGCUCAUAAAAAACUACAUAUAAGAAAUUUUGCUGCUGAAAGUUUUACUUUUUUGAUGAGAAAGGUCUCUGAUAAAAAUGUACUUCUCAAUUUAAUGUUCCUUGAUCUUGAUGAACAUCCAGAAAAAGUAGAAGGAGUUGGACAGUUGCUCUUUGAAAUGUGUAAAGGAGUUAGAAAUAUGUUUCACUCCUGUGCAGGCCAGGCAGUAAAACUAAUUUUGCAAAAGCUAGGACCAGUUACUGAAACUGAAACUCGACUGCCAUGGAUUUUAGUUGGAGAAACACUUAAAAACAUGGUCAAAUCUACUGUAUUCUAUAUCUACAAGGAACAUUUUGGUGCAUUUUUUGAAUGUUUGCAAGAAUCCCUCCUGGAUCUAGGUAAAAAAGUAACAAAAACUAACAGUUGUGAAAGUUCUGAACAGAUUAAAAGGUUGUUAGAAACGUAUCUGAUACUUGUGAAACAUGGAAAUGGAUCAAAGAUAACCACACCUGCUGAUGUUUGUCAGGUAUUGUCUCAAACAUUACAAAUAACCAAUCUUUCCACACCUUGCCGGGAGACCCUCUUGGAUGUCAUUUCUGCUUUGAUCCUAGGUGAAAAUGUUUCCUUGCCGGAGACCCUCAUCCAAGAAACCAUCGAAAAAAUAUUUGAGAGCAAAUUUGAAAGAUGUUUAAUUUUCAAUUUUUCUGAAGUCAUGUUUGCUAUGAAGCAAUUUGAGCAGCUUUUUCUACCAAGCUUUCUCUCGUAUGUUGAGAAUUGCUUUGUAAUUAAUGAUGCCACGGUCAAAGAUGAAGCCCUGGCCAUUUUGGCCAAGCUCAUUCUGAACAAAGCAGCACCUCCCACUGCUGGUUCGAUGGCAAUUGAAAAGUACCCUCUGGUUUUCUUACCAGAGACGGCAGGAUCCUAUGUAAGGCAGAGGAGGACUAGAUCCAAGGGAGGAAACAAACAGUUUCCAGUAUUGGACCAUCUCUUAUCUAUAAUUCAGUUACCUCCAAAUAAAGAUACUACUUACUUUUCACAUUCUUGGGCAGCUCUUGUAGUGUUACCUCAUAUUAGACCUCUUGAGAAAGAGAAGCUGAUACCACUAGUCACAAGCUUCAUAGAGUCACUCUUCAUGACAGUUGACAGAGGGAGCUUUGGAAAAGGAACCUUAUUUGUUCUUUGUCAAGCUGUAAAUACUCUGCUAAGUUUGGAAGAGUCUUCUGAACUUCUUCAUUUGGUUCCUGUGAAACAUGUGAAGAAUUUAGUAUUAAUGUUUCCUUUGGAGCCGUCUGUGUUGCUGUUGGCUGAUCUGUAUUACCAGAGAUUAGCCUUAUGUGGCUGCAAAGGGCCGCUUUCUGAGGAAGCUUUAAUGGAAUUAUUUCCCAAGUUACAAGCAAACAUUUCAACUGGUAAAUCCAAGAUUCGGCUUUUGACAAUAAGGAUCCUAAACCAUUUUGAUGUUCGUCUUCCAGAAUUGAUGGAGGAUGAUGGGCUGUCAGAACGGCAGUCUGCCUUUGCUAUACUACGCCAGGCAGAACUGGUUCCAGCAACCGUGAAUGAUUACAGAGAGAAGCUUCUUCAUUUGCGAAAACUAAGACAUGAUGUGGUGCAGACUGCAGUCCCUGAUGGCCCGUUACAAGAGGUGCCGCUUCGUUAUUUGUUAGGCAUGUUAUAUAUUAACUUCAGUGCUCUCUGGGAUCCUGUUAUUGAUCUCAUAAGCAAUGAGUAUUACCCAGCAGAUCUGCAAGUUGCUCCAACCCAGGAUGUGCGGAGAAAAGGCAAAGUGGUUGCAGCAGAGGAAAUAGAAGAGGAACCUGCUGCUGGAGAUGAUGAGGAGUUGGAGGAAGAGGUGGUGCCCCAAGAAGAAUCCUCACAGAAGAAAAAGACAAGAAGAGCUGCAGCAAAGCAGUUAAUUGCUCAUUUGCAGGUUUUCUCUAAAUUUUCAAAUCCACGGGCCUUAUAUCUGGAAUCCAAAUUAUAUGAGUUAUAUCUCCAGUUGUUGCUACACCAAGAUCAAACGGUGCAAAAAAUAGCCUUGGAUUGCAUAAUGACAUAUAAACAUCCUCAUAUCCUCCCUUACAGGGAAAACUUACAAAGGUUGCUUGAAGACAGAAGCUUUAAGGAAGAGAUAGUGCAUUUUAGCAUUUCAGAGGAUAAUACCAUAGUAAAGACAGACCACCGAGCAGAUCUCUUUCCCGUUCUGAUGAGAAUUUUGUAUGGGCGAAUGAAGAAUAAGACUGGGAGUAAAACUCAGGGGAAAUCUGCUUCAGGCACCCGGAUGGCCAUCGUUCUGCGGUUCCUGGCUGGGACCCAACCUGAGGAGAUCCAGAUAUUCUUAGACCUGCUCUUUGAACCUGUGAAGCACUUUAAGAACGGAGAGUGCCAUUCUGCAGUCAUUCAGGCAGUAGAAGAUUUGGAUUUGUCUAAAGUUCUUCCUUUGGGUCGUCAGCACGGUAUCUUAAAUAGCCUUGAAAUAGUAUUGAAGAACAUUAGUCAUCUGAUCAGUGCGUACUUACCGAAGAUUUUGCAGAUACUGCUCUGUAUGACAGCAACUGUGUCACACAUUCUGGACCAGCGAGAAAAAAUACAGCUGAGAUUUAUUAACCCACUGAAAAAUUUAAGACGUCUUGGAAUCAAAAUGGUAACAGAUAUCUUUUUGGAUUGGGAAUCCUAUCAGUUCAGAACAGAAGAAAUUGAUGCCGUGUUUCAUGGUGCAGUUUGGCCCCAGAUCAACAGGCUUGGAUCUGAGAGUCAGUAUUCUCCUACUCCUCUGCUGAAACUAAUUAGUAUCUGGAGCAGAAAUGCAAGAUACUUCCCUUUUCUGGCCAAACAGAAGCCUGGUUACCCAGAAUGUGAUAUCUUGACCAACGUUUUUGCGAUUCUCUCAGCAAAGAAUCUCUCUGAUGCCACGGCCAGUAUUGUAAUGGAUAUAGUCGAUGACCUUCUUAACCUUCCAGAUUUUGAGCCUACAGAAACAGUUUUGAGCUUGUCAGUAACUGGAUGCAUAUACCCUGACAUAGCAGAAAAUGCAGAUGAGUCUAUCACAAUAGGAGGAAGAUUAAUUCUACCUCAUGUACCUGCAAUUCUUCAGUAUCUCAGCAAAACCACAAUAAGUGCAGAAAAGGUGAAAAAGAAAAAGAAUAGAGCACAAGUCAGUAAAGAACUUGGCAUUCUUUCAAAGAUCAGCAAGUUUAUGAAAGACAAAGAGCAAAGUUCUCUACUCAUUACACUUCUCCUUCCUUUCCUCCACCGUGGCAAUAUUGCUGAGGAUACAGAGGUUGAUAUUCUAGUGACAAUACAAAACUUGUUAAAGCAUUGCGUGGACCCUACAAGCUUCCUCAAGCCUAUAGCAAAACUCUUCUCAGUUAUUAAGAACAAAUUGUCAAGACAAUUGCUUUGCACUGUUUUCCAGACUCUUUCUGAUUUUGAGAGUGGAUUAAAAUAUAUUACUGAUGUUGUCAAGCUUAACGCCUUCGAUCAAAGACAUCUUGAUGAUAUCAACUUUGAUGUUCGCUUCGAGACCUUCCAGACCAUCACGUCUUACAUUAAAGAAAUGCAGAUCAUAGACAUUAACUACCUGAUUCCAGUUAUGCAUAAUUGUUUCUAUAAUCUGGAGUUAGGAGAUAUGUCUUUAAGUGAUAAUGCCAGUAUGUGUUUGAUGAGUAUCAUUAAAAAGCUAGCUACCUUGAAUGCCACAGAGAAGGAAUACAGAGAAAUCAUUCAUCGUUCACUCCUGGAGAAACUGAGGAAAGGGUUGAAGAGCCAGACAGAGAGUAUUCAACAGGAUUAUACCACGAUACUUUCCUGUUUAAUUCAAACCUUUCCAAAUCAACUGGAAUUUAAAGACUUGGUACAGCUGACUCAUUACCAUGAUCCGGAAAUGGACUUCUUUGAGAACAUGAAGCAUAUUCAGAUCCACAGAAGAGCAAGAGCCUUGAAGAAACUGUCAAAACAACUAAUGGAAGGCAAAGUUAUUCUGUCCUCUAAAUCUCUUCAGAAUUACAUCAUGCCUUAUGCCAUGACUCCAGUUUUUGAUGAGAAAAUGCUCAAGCAUGAAAAUAUAACCAUUGCUGCCACAGAGGUUAUUGGGGCCAUUUGCAAACAUCUCUCUUGGUCAGCAUAUAUAUAUUAUUUGAAACAUUUCAUUCAUGUCUUACAGACUGGACAGAUCAAUCAAAAGUUGGGUGUCAGUUUGCUAGUAAUAGUGUUAGAAGCAUUCCACUUUGACCACAAAACUCUCGAAGAACAAAUGGGAAAAAUGCAGAAUGAAGAAAACACAAUUGAAGUGAUUGAGUUACCAGAACAUGAAGCCAUGGAAUUAGAGCACACGGGCGAGGAAGAGAAGGAAAAUACAUGUAAGAGUUUGUCAGACAGUGAAGAACUGGGAAACGCUGAUCCAGCUAAUUCUGAAGGGACAGCUAAGGAAUCCGAGUGUGUCACAAAGUCUGUCUCUUUCCUGCCUCGGAAUAAAGAAGAAUUGGAGAGGACAAUUAAAAAUAUCCAAGGGACCAUAACUGGGGAUAUUCUGCCUAGGCUACAUAAAUGCCUUGCAUCCACGACUAAAAGGGAAGAAGAACACAAGCUGAUCAAGUCGAAGGUUGUGAAUGAUGAGGAAGUGGUUCGAGUUCCUUUAGCUUUUGCUGUGGUUAAACUAAUGCAGUCCCUUCCACCAGAAGUUAUGGAAGCUAAUCUGCCGAGUAUUUUGCUGAAAGUGUGUGCUCUCCUCAAGAACAGAGCACAGGAAAUUAGAGACAUUGCACGCAGCACUCUUGCAAAAAUAAUAGAAGAUUUGGGUGUACACUUCCUACAAUAUGUUUUAAAAGAAUUACAGACUACCCUUGUCCGUGGAUACCAGGUCCACGUGCUGACUUUCACUGUUUAUAUGUUGCUACAAGGCCUCACCAACAAGCUGCAAUUCACAUGAUUGCCAUUUGUUCUUUUUCUCUCAAAGAUUUUUAACCAUGAGUUGUUCGGUGCCGUUGCUGAAGAGAAGGAAGUAAAGCAGAUUCUCUCCAAAGUCAUGGAGGCACGAAGAAGCAAGAGUUACGAUUCUUAUGAAAUCCUGGGCAAGUUUGUAGGAAAAGAUCAGGUUGUAAAACUUAUCCUCCCUUUAAAAGAGAUCUUACAGAAUACCACCAGUUUAAAACUGGCCCGGAAAGUGCACGAAACCUUACGCCGAAUCAUAGCAGGAUUAAUCGUAAAUCAGGAGAUGACGGCAGAAUCCAUUCUGUUGCUCAGUUACGGUUUGGUCAGUGAAAAUCUUCCCCUGUUAACAGAGAAAGAAAAAAAUCCAGUAGCCCCUGCACCAGAUCCACGUCUACCACCCCAGAGCUGCCUUCUGCUCCCCCCAACUCCAGUCCGAGGGGGGCCGAAAGCUGUUGUGAGCAGGAAAACUAAUAUGCACAUAUUUAUUGAGUCUGGGCUUCGGCUGCUGCAUCUGAGUCUGAAGACUUCCAAGAUUAAGUCUUCAAGUGACCAUGUGCUGGAAAUGUUGGAUCCUUUUGUGUCUCUCCUCAUAGACUGCCUGGGUUCUAGGGACGUGAAGGUGAUCACAGGUGCUUUACAAUGCCUGAUCUGGGUCUUAAGGUUCCCUCUGCCUUCCAUAGAAACACGAGCAGAAAAGUUGACGAAACACCUUUUCCUUUUGCUGAAGGAGUAUGCAAAACUCGGGGCUGCCCGGGGCCAGAACUUCCACCUGGUGGUAAAUUGUUUCAAGUGUGUGACCAUACUUGUCAAGAAAGUCAGGUCCUACCAGAUAACUGAGAAACAGCUCCAAGUUCUACUGGCAUAUGCUGAGGAGGACAUUUAUGACACUUCAAGACAAGCCACAGCAUUUGGUCUUCUGAAGGCUAUUUUAUCAAGAAAGUUGUUGGUCCCGGAAAUUGAUGAUGUCAUGCGGAAAGUAUCCAAGUUGGCAAUUUCUGCUCAAAGUGAACCUGCCAGAGUCCAGUGCCGACAGGUUUUUCUGAAAUAUAUUCUUGACUAUCCCCUGGGUGACAAAUUGAGACCAAACUUGGAAUUCCUGCUUGCUCAACUGAAUUAUGAACACGAGACCGGGAGAGAAUCCACCUUGGAAAUGAUUGCCUAUCUCUUUGACACAUUCCCUCAGGGACUACUCCACGAGAACUGCGGAAUGUUCUUUAUUCCUCUUUGUCUAAUGAUGGUGAAUGAUGACUCUGCCACGUGCAAAAAGAUGGCAUCCAUGACAAUCAAAUCCUUACUCUGUAAAAUCAACCUCGAGAAAAAAGACUGGCUGUUUGAUAUGGUUACCACCUGGUUUGGAGCAAAAAAGCGCUUAAAUAGACAACUCGCUGCCUUGAUCUGUGGCUUCUUUGUGGAAAGUGAAGGAGUUGAUUUUGGGAGAAGACUUGAAACUGUCCUUCCUGUGGUCGAAAAGGAAAUUGAUCCAGAAAACUUCAAAGAUAUCAUGGAAGAGGCUGAAGAGAAGGCUGCAGAUCGGCUUCUGUUUAAUUUUCUUACACUGAUAACGAAACUCAUCAAGGAAUGUAAUAUUAUUCAGUUUACCAGACCCUCUGAGACUCUGAGUAAAAUCUGGAGUCACGUGCACUCUCACCUGAGACACCCGCACAACUGGGUGUGGCUCACAGCAGCCCAGAUUUUCGGAUUGCUCUUUGCCUCUUGCCAGCCAGAGGAGCUUAUUCAAAAAUGGAAUACCAAAAAGACUAAAAAGAAACUCUCAGAACCUGUAGCAGUCAGGUUUCUAACAAGUGAUCUUGACCAAAAGAUGAAAAGUAUCUCUCUAGCUUCUUGCCAUCAGUUGCAUUCCAAAUUCUUGGAUCAGUCUCUAGGAGAACAGAUUGUUAAGAAUUUGUUGUUUGUGGCCAAAGUCUUGUAUUUACUGGAACCUGAUUCCGAGGAUAAGCAAGGUGGGAUAAAAGAAGACAUGGAAAAACAAGAAGCUUUAGGAGAUGGUGUGGCCAGAGAAGCAACAGAAGAAUCUGAGGCCUGUGCAGAUGAAAAGUCGGAGUUUGACAGAGAAGAGAAGGAAGAGGCGAGGGAAGAACACGGCAAACCAGCCACACUGCUGUGGUUGAUCCAAAAGUUGUCCCGGAUAGCAAAACUAGAGGCUGCUUAUUCACCUAGAAACCCCUUAAAGAGAACAUGCAUCUUUAAGUUUCUCGGCGCUGUAGCAAUGGACCUUGGGAUAGACAAGGUAAAGCCGUAUCUACCCGUGAUCAUAGCUCCUUUGUUUCGAGAACUGAACAGCACCUAUUCAGAGCAAGAUCCUGUGCUGAAGAAUCUAUCCCAGGAAAUCAUAGAAUUACUCAAAAAGCUGGUUGGGCUUGAGAGCUUCUCGUUAGCCUUUGCCUCUGUACAGAAACAGGCUAGUGAGAAAAGGGCACUCCGGAAAAAGAGGAAGGCUAUGGAGUUUGUAACUAAUCCUGAUAUUGCCGCCAAGAAAAAGCUGAAGAGACACAAAAAUAAAAGUGAAGCAAAGAAGAGGAAGAUAGAGUUCCUGCGUCCAGGCUAUAAGGCCAAGAGACAAAAAAGCCACAGCCUGAAAGAUUUAGCAAUGGUGGAGUGAUGUCUCCCUGUGCUAAUAAUACCCAAGUAUAGUUUAUACUGUCUCAACUUGCCCCAAAGUAUGAGCUUUCUGGUGUAUUCUGCUAGUCUGAGAUUAUAGCA